AUGUUUUUGACCAGAAUUCUUUCAUCUCCGCCUAAAUCUCCAAGGAACAUUUUCUUUCCAUGGCAAAAUAUAUGUGUUCACAGAACAGGAGCGUUUCUAGAACGGAACAGACUUGCCCUAAGAGUUCCAAUAAACCUUACCAAGUUUGAGAUAAGGGAGUAUUUAAGGAAGCUUUACGAUGCCAAGGUCAUUAAAGUUAACACACUAAUUAAAAUACCUAGAAUAAAAAGAGACUUUUCAAGUAGACUACCUAAAUAUUACAGAAAUGGGCCUAUGUAUAAGAAGGCAAUAGUGACACUUGAACACUCAGUUCCAGACGAGGUUAAGAUGAUGGGUAUGGACUUCGAGCUGGGAAAGAAUCCAUCAAUAACAAAGAAGAAUGUACAUUACGGAAAGAAAUCAGAUUUUAGUUAUUUACCAAAUAGAAAAAACGACCCAUAUACGGGAGAAUACGAGGAGGCAUGGAAGCUGCCCAUACCGAAUUUAUUAGCAGAUGAUGAUUGGGAAAUUAUUCCAGAGCUAAAUCAAAACGUUGACCAUAUGAGAAUGAAACCGGAUCCAACAGAACCACACAUACACGGAGGCUCUUACACAUAUAACAGGAAACCAGAUACUGUUCCGACCCAGCAAAAUCAAAUAAUGGAUUUAACUCCAUGGAGAAGGAAAUUAAAGAGAAUAGAAAGACCAGAAGGCCAAGAUACAGAUAUCGAUUCUGAGGAGGCCAAACCUACCCCCUGGAAUUUCCCUCCAGCACAUUAAAUAUUUUUUAUUAAUGUACAUUUC